AUGAGAGAGCAUUUGCCAAUGAACAAAGACACAAGAAUGCUUCAGUACUCCUCGCAUGCGUUUGAUGUGAGUGUCUUGGAUCUUGCCGUCUCUCUCAUGGCUGGCUGCUGUCUAUGCAUUCCAUCUGCUGAGGAUAGACAAAAUCGUCUAACGGAAACUUUGAACGAAUUCUCGGUGGAUCUCGUUGUUCUCACUCCAACAGUUAGUCGAAUGGUACAUCCCGAGCGCUUAACAUCCCUGAGAACAUUGAAGGUCAUUGGAGAGGCUGUCUCGUCUUUUGACAUCCAGCGAUGGACGACCGCAGCACCUCACAUCAAGUUCGUCAACAUGUACGGUCCCGCAGAGUGUACAAUUAGUUCAACGGUCCAGAGUCCUCUCAAGCCGGAUUCAUAUUCUUCCAAUAUUGGAUAUCCGUUGUCGAGUGCUACUGCGUGGGUGGUUGAUCCUAGCGACCAUCACAGGUUGCUUCCCAUGGGAGCCGUUGGUGAGCUACUCAUCCAAGGACCUAUCGUUGGUCGUGGCUACCUCAACCGCCCUGAACAGACUGCUGCAGCAUUUGUUCCGCCGCCUGCCUGGUUCUUACAAUUCAAGCCAGAUGCAUCAGAGGGUGAGCGAUUGUACAAGACUGGAGACCUGGUUCAGUACGCUGCAGAUGGCUCGAUGCAUUACAAGGGACGCAAGGACUUCCAGGUCAAGCUCCGUGGACAGCGUCUUGAGCUAGGUGAAGUCGAGGCACAGCUUCGUCAUUCCUUUGUCGACGCCUUGGAUGUCAUUGCCGAGGUCGCAUAUUUGAACCAAGGCAAAACAGCAGCUUUGGUUGCGUUCAUUCAUCAACCCUCCUGGGAUGCCGAAUCAAGUUCUACCUCGUCAUCGGCAACUGUUGGUGAUAACACCGAUCUUGAUUUGUUCCAUCCUCCCAGCGAUGCCUUUGAUCGGGCAGUCACACAAGCGAGGGCCAUGAUGGCCGAUGCUCUUCCAAGCUACAUGGAGCCCAGCAUUUAUUUGCCGCUCGUUCGGAUUCCAAAGUCACGGAGUGGUAAGGCUGAUCGUGGCCAGCUGCGUCAGAUAGUUAACUCUGGGCUCCAUGAGCGCUGGGCUGGUCACGCCAACACAGUGACAGCUCCACGGAAGAUGCCGACGACUGAAAUGGAAGUCAUUUUGUGCUCUGCCGUUGCUGGAGCUAUAGGUCUUUCAGAGGCAGAUAUCGGUCUUGAGGAUAAUUUCUUCCAUCGUGGGGGUGAUUCGGUUGCAGCCAUGAUGUUGGUGGGAAGUUUGCGAGAGCAGGGUUGCCAUCUCACUGUCGCAGACAUCUUUUCGCAUCCUCGCUUGGAGAAUAUGGCCACCAAAGUCAACCGUGCACAUCUAUCAAAUGUUCAAAAAGUCCCCCCGCCAUUCUCUCUCCUUGAGAAUGAUGCAGAAUCCCCUGAUGCGGUAAUCCAGCAAGCGAUCAAACAGUGCGCCGUGGAGGAUGAAGAAGUUGAAGAUAUCUACCCCUGCUCACCACUUCAACAUGGCUUUUUUGUCCUCAGCAAUACCCGGAAGCAUGGCACCCUGGUUGUACGGUUUGCGUAUGAUCUCAGACCAGGUACAGAUAUUGAUAGACUGCAAACUGCCUGGAAUGAGACCAAAAAGGCACACCCGAUGUUGCGAACCCGAGUCAUUCAACUUGAUGGAAAAGACAUUUACCAUCAGGUGGUACUCAGUCGUGGAGCUCAAUUUGAGUUCUACGAUUCGGAUGAGCCAGAUUAUGUUCCCGACUUGCCAAUCGAAGCUGAGCCAGGCAAUUCACUUCUUCGAAUCGCUGUAGUGCGCAGGUCAUCUCCGCUACAGCAUCACCGACUUUUCGUUACCUUGCAACACUCCAUCUACGAUGGAUGGUCUCGGGUAUUGUUCAUGCAAGAGCUCGAGCGGGCAUACACUGGCGUUUCCUUGCAGCAUCUGCCUGUCUCCCCGUUCAUUGGGCAUCUCGGUCGGACCAACGAGGAGACUAAGCAAUUCUGGACUUCGGAGCUGAAGGAUCUUCGGAGCCCAAUCUUCCCUCAUGUUGAUCCGGGCUAUGCCCCCGACCCAGCUACAACUCUGAUUCACCAUGUCAGUAUUCCGAAGGUCGCAUCUCCGCAGAUCACACUGUCAACCAAGAUCCGUUGGGUGUGGUCUCGGGUUAUAUCACUCCAAACCAGCGUCCCCGAAGUAACAAUGGCAGUCGGCACAGCUGGGCGAGGCACUCAAGUUGCAGGAAUCGAAAGAUUGGUCGCGCCAACAAUGGCCAUCUUCCCUUAUCGGACCCAUAUCGACGCAAAACAGCGAGUCAUUGACGCGCUUCAUGAUUCUCAAAGCCACUAUGUCAAGAUUUUGCCCCACGAGCACUACGGUACUCGGAAUCUCUGUCGCGCUGCGACAGGCCCAACUUCCCCGGCUGCGCUGCAGACACUGAUGAUUGUUCAGCCACACAUAGAGCAAGCUCCUUCUUCGUUGUGGUUUGAGGAAGAGCUGCUUCCUCAGACCGGGGCGUUCCAUGUACGCGGACUAACAAUGCACUGUCAUCUUCAGGCAAAUUCUAUCGAGAUCAUGGCCUGCUUUGACGAGAACCUCAUCUCAAAGGGGGAUAUGCUUCGCAUGCUUUCUACAUUUGAUUUGAUCUUCCAGCAGGUCUGCCAAGAGCCCACUGAUCUUGUUGAAGAGUUGAAGAUCAUUCCUGCGCAGGAGUAG